AUGGGGCCCCGCAAGCCUACGCGCCAGAUUAAACCCAAAAAAGCGCAGCAGACCACUGUGAGACGCAAACUCGCCAAGCUUGGGAAGUCAAAGGGGUCAAACAGCCAGAAACACAGCCAGACACGCAAAACACAACCACCAUCCGCCACUUCCUCCCGUCACCACGCCAACCCCAUCCUGCAGCGUGAGUCACGGUGCUCCAUCAGCGCUGCAGUCUGCUCUCUACUCAUCAGCGUCACUGUGGAGCCAGGACGAAGAUUUAUCACGGUCCCAGUCUCUCACACGGUCUGUUUGAUCUACGCCCAGAAGGCGGUGGAGGAAGAGGAGAACCAAGUGAGGAAAUCCUCUGCAGAUCUCUGCUCCCCCAGCAGCAAGCUGGCUGACGUCGACCCUGCAAGAAAGGGGAAAACAUCUCCACCUACUCUGGUGUUCAACCCUCUUUUCUCGGACAUCAAGGAGGAGCCAGGACACCCCACCCUGGUCCAUCCCAGUUACUACCUGUACACAUACGAUAAGAUGGUGGCUCCCAACGUGUCUCUGCGGAGGGAGGCGGAGAUGAGUCCCGAGAUGUUCGGAGCGCUGCUCAAACACCACUACAGCCGCAGAGUGCUGGGCCACGACGAGCCACCAAUGGAUCUUCACGCGUCGCCCUCCCAUCUCUGCUGGCGCCGGAGGGAGGCCAACCCCGGAUCCCAACGCAGUUUUCUCCAUGCGAGACAAGCCAGCCUGAGCUGCAAGAAAGCCCACCCACAACCCCGCCCACACCCUCCGCCUCCACCACCUCCUCCUCCUCCUGCGUCGUUGUUGUCGCCGGUUACGGAAGUAGCGGCUAAGGACACAGGCAGCGCUGCAGUGGUGGUGGGGGGGCAGGAGGAUGACAAGGACAGGAUUGUUGUGGAGAUCAUGCAGAUGUACAGCAGGCAGCAGGAGAAGCUCAACUCCACCCUGCACAAGCAGCUGCAGCUGGAAAUGGAGCUGGAGGCGUUGCGUGGGGGCGAGGCGGCGAGGCUACGGGAGCUGAGCGCCGAGCAGCGCGAGCUACGCUGCGAGCUGGAGGCGGUGCACAGUGAGCAGGCGCGGCAGCUCAGCCAGGCCCGCCAGGAACAGCUGGAGCUGGAGACCCGUCUGGAGCAGCUCCGACAGCAGGCCUGUGCCUGCGAGCCGGGGGCACAACGCCAGCAGGAGGCCCACUACACUGCACAGUUGUCGGAGCUGCGUCAGAGGCUGGAGCAGGCGGAGGCAGACCGGCAGGAGCUGCAGGAGGAGCUGCGCAGGGAGCGGGAGGCACGGGAAAAGCUGGAGCGUACAAUCACCCAGCUCAAGCAGCAGAUGGCCCAGUCUGGCACGGUGGGAGGCAGCCCCUCUCCUCCUCCUACCCCUUCCACCGGACUCCCUAACGCCCACUCCCCGCUCUCCUCCUCCUCUUCCUCUUUCUCAGAGGCCCCAGCGGCUGGCCAAAAGUAACUACCACCCCUCCAGGCGCCUCCCUCCCUCCCUCAUUCCUCUCCCAAUCACCCGCCAACUCUACAGACACCAAAACAAAAUCAGCCUGAAGCAGAAAGGAGGUUCAGCCAUCUCCUCAGCUCUUUUUAAGUUGUGCAUUCUCCCCCUUCCCUCCCUUU